CAGUGGCCGCUUAACGCUGAGCCUUAGUGGAGGCAGUGGGGUAUAAUAGGUUCUGUCCACUGCGUGGCAGCACAGGAGGGCCAUCAUACCGAAUCGACAUGGGCAAACCCGUCGCUCCUCCGGGCCCAGCUGCGUCGUGCGUCAGAGAUGUCUCUGGCCACAUGCUGCAAACGAGAUGGGCAGCAGGGCAGGUUCGUGCGUAGGUGCGUCUGGUGGUCGAAUCUGGUCAAGCUGGCUUCCGUUCCCCCAUCCCCAGUUUGAGCAAUUCACCCCUGCCAGACCUGCCAGACCCUGGUCUUGCAGCACACCAACACUCGAGGGCGAGCACAGUCCACCAAAGCCGCUGGAUCGCCGGUGCUGCGGACAUGAACACGGACACAUGCCAGAACGCUCGCCGCGGGUUAGACUGGCAAUCAAAAAACCAUAUUGGCUGAUCGGUGCCAUCCCGACCCUAUAUGCGGCCGCCUUAAGAAGGGUGGUGUACCGAUGCCGGCUCAACAAGUACCUCCAAGUACCUGCCCGUACCCAAGACCCACCCACCACUAUAGCAUGGCCCGUUUCCCGUUGCUGAGCGAUCAAGGACACCCCGGGAUGGUGAUUGGCGAACCCAGCCCGCUCAAACUGCGUCCGUUGGCACACGAGCCGCUUGCAACACGGGACCUGGCAGUCUC